AUAGUGCACUCUUUAUCCUGCAGUGAGCCGUUUGGUAUUCUGCCGCACGCUUGGCGUCAUUACGGUAUUACUCGCUUCAGGUUUGGAUCCAAAUUCUCUCUCUUGAGACGACUUAAAGAGCACUCUGGACCGCUUGAAUGGACAAAUAAGGGGCACCGGCGGGAUGGACAUCACGAGCCGCUGCACCCUGGGCGACCCCAACAAGCUGCCGGAGGGUGUGCCGCAGCCUGCCCGCAUGCCCUACGUGUCAGACAAGCACCCGCGGCAAACUCUAGAGGUGAUCAACUUGCUGCGAAAGCACCGUGAGCUGUGUGACGUCGUGCUGGUCGUAGGUGCCAAGAAGAUCUACGCACACCGCGUCAUCCUUUCAGCCUGCAGCCCUUACUUCAGGGCCAUGUUCACGGGCGAGCUGGCCGAGAGCCGGCAGACCGAGGUGGUGAUCCGCGACAUCGACGAGCGCGCCAUGGAGCUGCUCAUCGACUUCGCCUACACCUCACAGGUGACCGUGGAGGAGGGGAACGUGCAGACGCUGCUGCCCGCCGCCUGCCUGCUGCAGCUGGCCGAGAUCCAGGAGGCAUGCUGCGAGUUCCUUAAGCGCCAACUCGACCCGUCCAACUGCCUGGGCAUCCGGGCUUUCGCCGACACGCAUUCGUGCCGAGAGUUGUUGAGAAUCGCUGAUAAGUUCACCCAGCACAAUUUUCAGGAGGUCAUGGAGAGUGAAGAGUUCAUGCUGCUCCCAGCCAAUCAGCUGAUCGACAUCAUUUCGAGUGACGAGCUGAACGUGCGCAGCGAGGAGCAGGUGUUUAAUGCCGUCAUGGCCUGGGUUAAAUACAGCAUCCAAGAGCGGCGGCCUCAGCUGCCUCAGGUCCUUCAGCAUGUCCGGCUUCCUCUGCUGAGCCCCAAGUUCCUUGUGGGAACAGUAGGCUCAGAUCCACUAAUUAAAAGUGAUGAGGAGUGUAGGGACCUGGUGGAUGAAGCGAAGAACUAUCUUCUGCUUCCUCAAGAACGCCCACUCAUGCAAGGACCUCGUACCCGACCCCGCAAGCCCAUUCGCUGUGGCGAGGUUUUGUUUGCCGUAGGGGGAUGGUGCAGCGGCGACGCCAUCUCGAGUGUAGAACGCUACGACCCCCAGACUAACGAGUGGCGCAUGGUGGCGUCUAUGAGCAAGCGACGCUGCGGAGUCGGCGUCAGCGUUCUAGAUGACCUGUUGUACGCUGUGGGCGGCCAUGACGGCUCUUCUUACCUGAACAGUGUAGAGAGGUAUGACCCCAAGACUAACCAGUGGAGCAGUGACGUGGCUCCCACCAGCACAUGCAGGACCAGUGUGGGUGUGGCUGUGUUAGGUGGCUACUUGUACGCAGUUGGCGGACAGGACGGAGUCUCAUGUCUGAACAUAGUUGAAAGAUAUGACCCUAAAGAGAAUAAGUGGACGCGAGUGGCAUCCAUGAGUACGCGGCGUUUGGGGGUGGCAGUAGCCGUUCUGGGAGGAUUCCUGUACGCAGUGGGAGGCUCAGACGGCACCUCCCCUUUAAACACAGUGGAGAGGUAUAACCCUCAGGAAAACCGCUGGCACACAGUAUCACCGAUGGGCACGAGGCGGAAACAUCUGGGCUGCGCCGUCUAUCAGGACAUGAUCUACUCCGUCGGGGGCCGGGACGACACCACGGAGCUGAGCAGUGCUGAGAGAUACAACCCGAGAACCAAUCAGUGGUCUCCUGUGGUUGCCAUGACGUCCAGACGGAGCGGGGUCGGUUUAGCUGUGGUGAACGGCCAGUUGAUGGCGGUGGGUGGAUUUGAUGGCACUACUUACUUGAAGACAAUAGAAGUCUACGAUCCUGACGCUAACACGUGGAGGCUUUACGGAGGAAUGAACUACAGGAGAUUAGGAGGAGGGGUCGGCGUCAUUAAAAUGACUCACUGUGAAUCACAUAUAUGGUAAUACCCUCUCAUCCAUCCCCUCAUAGAUGCCUCACUAUAGCUUGUGCCUCUCAUUGAGACAUGAUGAAGAAGAAGAAAAAAGACUCCGUUAUUUAAUACGAUUGCUUUUACAUCUCGAGCCAAUGAGAUCAGUAAGGAGAGGAUGAACAUGUGUCACUCUCACGUGGAGCUGAUCUGUGAAGACUUUCACAUUCAGGGCUGGAUUUCAUCACUCUUUUCAUAGGACUAGGCCUAGAGCCAAAGGCUAGCUUCAAUAUGUGAGGGAGAGUGAGCGAGAGUGUGCGCGCGAGCUCUGACUCUCACUGCAGCAUUGUUCCUGUCAUCAAACAGGGGGAAAAAAAUCACAUUUAAAAAUACACUUCUCUGGAAGGAUAUGUACUGCCUGGUAUUUGUGAGAUUUUACUAUUUUUGGGGGGGGGGGGGGGGGGGGGGGCGUGUUGUAAGCCGAAGCUGAUGCUGCGUGAGGUGGCAUCACAGCCUCGUGCUCAUGUGGUGAAAAACUUGUCUGGAUGGUGUUUUUAAUCUGGAUGCACUGUGAUUUUAUUUGAUUUUUUUUUUUGAGAUGUAAAACAAGCUUUGUUGUUCGAGCUUGCUCCACCAGCCACGGAUUCAGCAACGCAUGGUUUUUCUGUGUGUGUUUCCUUUUUCUUUCUUUUUUUUUUUUCUUUUUUUAAAGUGGUGCUUACCAAAGCCGUAGAAUACGUAAUAAUGCAAGCCUUUCUUGAAGGUGCAAAUGAACGAAGGCGCAUGCAUUUAAAAAAAAUUUUUCCCCCUAAAAACGGUUUCCACCAUUUCAACACUAUCACUUUUCUUUUCUUGUUUACUCUAAUAUCAUGUGAUGCAUCGGUCUGUGCACUUUAAUCCAAGACGACUACAGUUUGGUCACUGUUCUGUUCGGUUUUAAACACAGUGAGAUAAUGUUUUUUUGUUUUUUUUUUAAGAAAAAGGAAAAAAGGGAGGAGGAAGAAGAAUGUUGGUGGAUUUAUUAUGCAUUUACAUUUUGAUUUUAUUUUACGGAUGCUGGGUGAUUAUUAUUAUUUUCUUCAGAUGAUGAUAAACGGCUCCCAGUGUUGGUCUGAAUUGCAUUAAACUGUUGAUUUACUAAAUAAAAGGGAUGCAUUUUGACCUGUUAAA